AUGACAUGGGUGGAUGCCAAUAACUAUUGUAACUCUAGACUUGUUAUGGAUUUGAAAGGAUACCUGGUAACGAUCACAACGAAUGAGGAGAAUGACUUUAUCGAUAGAAUGACCAGACAACUAUGGUCACCAUUAUGGAGAAGUUAUUGGAUAUCAGGCCUUAGCAAGUCACGUCCUGACAGAGACUUUGGAAUAUAUUACUACAGCUCAGGUCCAGAAUCUGGCACACUCAUGUACGAUGUUUACACAGACAAGUGUACAACUUUUUGUAACUUUGAUGCUAGUGAACCAAACCUACAACCUGAUGAUAAUGAGAUAUAUCUAAUGUCUUAUCAUUCUCUCAAUGGAUCUUGGAACAAUAUUGAAGGUCCCAAAACUAUGUUCUAUUUUGUUUGUGAAUAUGGAGGACUCCAAGACCCAUAUAUCCCACCGAUCCGAAUUGGUGCCGAUCAAGUGAUCAACAUUACAAACUACUCUGGAAUAGACUUUAAAAUACCAAUAGAUAUUGAGUUCACCAAACGAUCAACUGGUGAGAAGGUCAAUUGUACAAAUCCAGUUGGAUCAAGUUAUGGUGGAAUCUAUUGUAUAUUAGACAAGUCAGGUUCAGGUUCAUACAACGUUCGGAUUACCAAUGGUCAGACUAUCUUGAACACAACAUUCCAAUAUCGACCACCAAGGAUAACAGUAAUCUAUCCAGAAUUCAACUCAACUGGAUAUGUUAGUUUGACAAAAGGAUCAACUUUGACAGUAUCUGGUGAUAACUUUGCCUCUGAUUCAUUGAUGUCGAUACACUUUGCCGAUGGUACCAACUGUGCCAAUAUCUCAACAAUCAAGACAGGAGUACUCAAGUGUACUUUGGACAAAGAUAUCCUUAAUAUUGAAAACUCCAUACUUCCAAUCACCAUUAUUGCCGACUCAAUCUAUGGACAAUCAAUCAAACCUGCCUUUGGUUUGUGUCUUGUUGGAAACCAAACAACUCAUUCAAUGACUCGUUGGAUUAUAUUCAUCGAAUGGCAGUUGAGGGGCUUGGUGGAUACAUGA